UUUCUAUCACUCCGAGGGAGAGAGAGAGAGAGGCGAAGAAUACGGAGAUUCAAUCCAAUUUAGGGUUAGAGAGAUUCCCCCUAAUUUGGGAACGUAGUCCUGAGAUUCCCCGGAUCGGAAGAAGACGGAAGUAACGAGAGAAUGGGGGCGAAUUCAAUACCGACGGACGCAACGAUUGGUCUCGAUGAGCAGAUCUCGCAGCUCAUGCAGUGCAAGCCUCUCUCUGAGCAACAGGUUAAAGCAUUGUGCGAAAAAGCCAAGGAGAUCUUAAUGAAUGAAAGCAACGUUCAGCCUGUGAAAAGCCCUGUGACAAUCUGCGGUGAUAUUCAUGGACAGUUCCAUGAUCUUGCUGAGCUUUUCCGUAUUGGCGGAAUGUGCCCUGAUACCAAUUACCUGUUUAUGGGAGAUUACGUUGACCGUGGUUAUUAUUCUGUUGAAACUGUUUCGCUGUUAGUGGCCUUAAAGUUGCGAUACCCUCAGCGAAUCACCAUUCUUAGAGGAAACCAUGAAAGUCGUCAGAUCACUCAGGUUUAUGGAUUUUAUGAUGAAUGUCUGCGAAAGUAUGGAAAUGCAAAUGUUUGGAAAAUCUUUACAGACCUCUUUGACUAUUUCCCAUUGACAGCCUUGGUUGAGUCAGAAAUAUUUUGCCUUCAUGGUGGAUUGUCUCCAUCUAUCGAGACCCUUGACAACAUAAGAAACUUCGAUCGAGUUCAAGAAGUGCCACAUGAAGGGCCCAUGUGUGACUUGUUAUGGUCUGAUCCUGAUGACCGUUGUGGUUGGGGCAUCUCUCCUCGUGGUGCUGGAUAUACAUUUGGUCAGGACAUAUCCGAACAGUUCAACCACUCAAACAGUUUAAAGCUGAUCGCCAGAGCCCAUCAGCUGGUUAUGGAUGGAUACAACUGGGCUCAUGAGCAAAAGGUGGUAACUAUCUUCAGUGCACCAAACUAUUGUUACCGUUGUGGAAACAUGGCUUCGAUUCUUGAAGUUGAUGACUGCAGGAACCACACCUUCAUUCAGUUUGAACCAGCACCGAGGAGAGGAGAGCCAGACGUUACUCGAAGAACACCAGACUAUUUCCUCUUAUCCGUUGUUGAGUUUGGGAAUGUAGAAACUGGAGUUGUGAACCUUGUGGAUUUUCACAGCCACGUGGAUUUUCAACUGUUCACCCCGGUAGAUGUUCCACCGAAUCCAGCAUGCAAAUCGGAGAGCAAGGACAGUGAGGUCAAAGAGGUUGUAGCACCGAAGCCACGUCAGACUGGUUUACUAUCAAAGCUUUGA